AUGGAAAGAUCAAACUCAGAGGAUGUUAAGAAGAGUACUUCUGCUUCUUCUGCGCCAUCGGCGAAAGCACACAUCCCUAAUCACACAACCGAGUAUGUGAAUCCAUUUAAUGGAGAAUCAUGGACCAUUUUUACGUUUCUGUAUGAUUUAUCUAUAUUUAUAUUCAAUAUUAUAUUUACCAUUUUUUUCAGAGAGAUCAAAGUUCGUGGUACCUAUAAUGUUCCAAGCAAUGGCACACCAACAAUAUUGGUAUGUGCCCCACACGCGAACCAAUUCAUCGAUCCCACAUUGGUGAUGACCACUACAAGAAAAUUGAUGAAUGGAAGAUCCAGGCAAUCCUGUUUUGUCACUGCUGAAUCCAGUUUCAAGUAUAAGGUUGUUGGGUUUUUCAGUAAAUGUCUAGGUAGUAUUCCCGUACCAAGAAUACAAGAUAAUUUGAAACCGGUAGAUGCUAAUAUCCAAAUUUUUGCUCCUGAUAGGGUUAAUGAACCAACGUUGAUCAAGGGUUGUUGUAAAGAUGGCUCUUCCCCAAAAUUUACAAAACUUUUCACCGAAAAAUCAUUGAUUGGCUUACCUAAAUAUCAAGGUAAUGCCCAAAUUUCUAAGAUUCUUGACGAUGAAACUAUAAUUCUCACUAGCCCCUUCAAGAGUGAGGCCAUAUCUACCCCAACAAAUUUCAACUACGCUCCAAGAGUUGAUAAUACUAAGACAUUUCAGUACGUUUUCGAUCAUUUGCACACAAAGGGUUGUGUCGGUAUUUUCCCAGAAGGUGGGUCUCAUGAUAGGCCAUCAUUACUACCAAUCAAGGCUGGUGUGGCAAUUAUGGCUCUGGGAGCUGCUGCUGCUGACCCUUCAAUGAACGUUUCUGUGGUCCCUGUAGGAUUGCAUUACUUCCAUAGACAGAAAUUUAGAUCAAGAGCCGUCGUAGAAUACGGUGAGCCAAUUAUUGUUAAUCAUGAAAUGGGUUUAGCGUAUGCUAAUCAUCCAAGAGAAACGGUUUCUAAGCUCUUGGAUAAAAUUCAAGACGCUCUUUUCUCCGUGACGGUCAAUGCUCCUGACUACGACACUCUAAUGACUAUUCAAGCUGUUAGAAGACUUUAUGAACCAGCAACUCAUAAGUUCUCACUUCCUAUGAUCCUCGAAAUAAACAGAAGACUCCUUGUCGGCUAUUCAACCUUUAAAGAUGAACCAAGAAUUAUUCAUUUAAAAAAUGCCGUCUCAAAAUAUAACGAUACAUUAUAUUCAAUGAAUUUGAAGGACCAUCAAGUUGAACAGUUAAAAACAUCGUCCUUGGAAACAAUAAGAUGUAUUAUCGUUUUGUUAACAAGAUUAGCCACUUUAUACUUAUUCUUCAUUUUAUCUCUGCCAGGUUCUGUCCUUUUCACGCCAAUUUUUAUUACAGCUCAUGUUUACUCUAAGAAGAAGGCUAAAGAGGGACUUAAAAAAUCGCUUGUAAAAAUAAAAGGUGUCGAUUUAUUGGCUACCUGGAAAUUAAUUGUUGCUCUUGUCCUGGCCCCAUUACUUUACACAACCUAUUCGUUAGCCCUCGUUUAUCUUUUUAAUAGGAACCCCUCGAAUUUUAUCGUAAGAUGGAUCUGGAUACCAAACUUCAUUCCUAGGAUGGGUAACAUUCCUUUAUUUGUAUACUUUUACUCAUUACUAGUGCUUACUACAUAUUCCAGUUUGAAAACUGGUGAAGUUGGUAUGGAUUUAUUCAAAUCUCUGAGGCCAUUAUUCGUUUCGUUAUUUUAUCAAAGCGACAAAAUUAAACAACUACAAAAAAUGCGUCAAAAUUUAAGUGUUGAAAUUACGAAUGUUUGUAACGAGUAUGGCCCAAGUGUCUUUCCUGAUUUUGACAAAAUGAACUUUGCAAACCCUGAAAAUAAAUUUAAAUUUUACAAUAAUGAUGAACGCGCUAAGAGCCGUAGUCGUUCCUCUUCAUUCACUUCCAUUUUCUCAGGUGUUUCUAAUGCAUUAUCAAGAGUGAAUUCAAGAGGGUCGUUAUCGGAUGUGCCUAUUUUAGGAUAUAGUAGACUAGACUAUACGAGUGAUACAAUUGCAGACGAUUCCAGUGACGAAGAAGAUAUCAUUGAUAUCAGUAUACGUAACAAGGAUAAAGCCGAAUCAUCAAAGAUCACAUCAAUAGUAAGGGAAAGAUGGAACAGAGAGCAUGAAAAGAAUGAUUAA